AUGGGGGAAAGGGGUGGGGCGGAAUGGAGUGGGGCGGAAUGGGGUGGGGCGGAUUGGGGAGAUGGGGAAGAGGAGAUGGGGGAUGACGAGAUGAGGGAUGGGGAGAUGAGGGAUGAGGAGAUGAGGGAUGGGGAGAUGAGGGAUGGGGAGGUGUCGGAUGGGGAGGUUUCGGAUGGGGAGGAGAGGGAUGGGGAGGUGAGUGGUGGGGAGGUGAGGGAUGGGGAGAUCAGGGAAGGGGAGAUGAGGGAUGAGGAGAUGAGGGAAGGGGAGAUGAGGGAUGAGGAUGUGAGGCAUGGGGAGGAGAGGGAAGGGGAGUUGGGGGAUGGGGAGAUGAGGGAUGGGGAGGGGAGGGAUGGGAAGGCGAGGGAUGGGGAGAUCAGGGAUGGGGAGGUGGAAUGGGGUGAGGCGGAAUGGGGUGAGGCGGAAUGGAGUGAUCGUUCGAGAUGGGGAGAUGAGGCAUGGGGUGGGGAGGCAUGGGGAGAUGAGGGAAGGGGAGGUGAGGAAUGGGGAGAUGCGGGAUGGUCAGAUGAGGGAUGGGGAGAUGCAAGAUGGGGAGCAGAGGCAAGUGGGGUGAGGGAUGAGGAGAUGAGGGAUGGGGAUGGGAAGAGGAGAGAUGGGGGGUGGAGGGAGGGUUGGAGGAGGGAUGGGGAGAGGAGGAGAUGGGAUGACGAUACAUAA